UUGUUUUGUUGCACUUACAACACUUUGUGAAGAGGUUUCGAGUUUGGCUUUAUUGGGACACAUGGUUGCCUCAGUAACAUUUUCAAUAGGACAAGCUACCAUACAUGCCUCUUGACUUGCAAAAAUUCUGAAGUGCUUGGAGAGAAAGAUGCAUGAGGAAUGGCAUCAAAUCACUUCUCAAACUUUGAAGGAACAUACAAGAAUCUUCGCCCACCUGCUCUCAUAAUUGCGGGGUGUUCUGUGCUUGUAGCUCUAGUGCUCUCCAUUCUUCUCAUUCUGCAACAUCUUCGAUCAUAUACCAAUCCUGCAGAGCAGAAGUGGAUUGUUGCUGUUAUUUCAAUGGUCCCUAUCUAUGCUAUCGAGUCUAUUAUUUCUUUGUGGAAUCCGAGAUUAUCUCUAGCAUGUGACAUUUUAAGAAACUACUAUGAAGCCUUUGCUCUGUAUUCUUUUGGCAGAUACCUGAUUGCUUGUCUUGGUGGUGAAGGAAAGGUUGUAGAAGUACUUGAAGAUGAAUCUGCAGAACAACUAAGUAAAUCCUUGUUGGAUGGUUCAGAUGAGAAUCACGGCAUAGAAAAUAGAUCAUUUUGGAACUUCUUUUGGUAUCCAUCCAAGCUUGGAAAAGAUCUUCUCACAACAGAAAAAUUUGGUCUUGUUCAAUAUAUGAUCCUGAAGACUGUUUGUGCAUUGUUAGCAUUUAUAUUGGAAUUGGCUGGUGUUUAUGGUGAUGGGGAAUUCAAGUGGUACUACGGGUAUCCAUAUAUAGCAGUGGUAUUGAACUUCAGCCAGAUGUGGGCAUUAUACUGCCUUGUUCAGUUUUAUAAUGUUACUCAUGAGAGACUUCAACCAAUAAAACCACUUGCAAAGUUCAUCAGCUUCAAGGCCAUUGUGUUUGCUACUUGGUGGCAAGGUGUAGGUAUUGCAGUUUUGUGUACAUUUGGAGUACUACCCAAUGAAGGAAAAUUUCAAACGGGACUGCAAGAUUUCUUAAUUUCCAUAGAGAUGGCCAUUGCAGGUGUUGCUCAUGUGUUUGUAUUUUCUGCAAAACCAUAUCAUUUUCUUCCUCCUCCUGCAUAUGGAAAAGUCUCAAAGGAAACAAUAGAAGCAGCCUUGGAGAUAGAUGAAGGGAACAAACAGAAAUCAGCUGUGCUUAAAGAGAAAAUAACUCAAGUUGAGGCUCCAACAACUAGUGUCACAGAGAGCGUCCAGGAUAUUGUUGUGGAAGGUGGUCAACGAGUUGUCAAGGAUGUUGUACUAACAAUAAAUCAAGCAAUAGGGCCUGUGGAAAAGGGAGUGACAAGAAUUCAAGAAACCUUCCAUCACAAAACGGUCGUUUCAUCGGAUGAUGAUGAUGAUGAUGAUGAUGAUGAUGAUGAUGAUGAUGAUGAUGAUGAUGAUGAUGAUGAUGAAGAAGAAGAAGAAGAAGAAGAAGAAGAAGAUAUACAGGUUGAGAAAGAUGUCGCAAAAUCUUAGCGGUAAUGGAAAUGAAAUUGCAAUGGUGUACUUCACGAGUGUUAGGACUUGCUAGAAUAGAUAGUAUAAAUAUUAUUUCUCGGGUAAUUAACAAAAAGAUUAAAUGACAAUAGAUUUCCUUUCAAUUUGUUUAUUUUAAACAGUAAAUAUCCUUUGAGAUAGUGUGUCUAUUCUUCACG